ACCAGGAAGUUGAUAGUGUGUAUUUUGUGAACACAACUACAAACUGUACUGACGCUGGGCAUAAGUUAGCCGUCGUUUGAACGUUAAUAAAGUCUUUGUUUUUGGUUUGAGCUUCCAGUUAAAGAGAAGCGACAGAGUGCUAAGCUAGCGAAUAACUUACAAGCCUUAAACGUUUGGUAACAGUUUGAUUUUUCCUCGGUAGUUUCCAGCUGUCAUGGUGACGGUGUUUACCUCCUGUCAGUCGGCCUUCUGCUCUCCUAGCUGGGGUUGAUAUUCAUGGGGAACCGUAUCGCUGGAGGAUGGAAGGUUUAACCGGGGACCAUCAUGGCUGCUGUGACGGUGUCUCGUUACACCAGCGGCCGUUUCCUUGGAGGAUGGUGCCCGCUAAUAUGUGUCCUCGUCGGGUCUCUGGUCGUUGUCCUGAUGCCCCUGGUUCGGGAGGAGGAUCAGUGCUGCGCCGCCCUGAAGGGCUUCUCUCUGCUCCGCUGCCAGCUGUGGGGAGGCUCUCAACAGCCUCUAGCUGUGCAGACCACCAGCCUCACUGUCCCCUUCACUGCCCUGGAUGUUCUGCCACUCAGGUCCAAGCCAAGCAAUGAAAUGAAAAUGGAGGCCAAGGCGGCACUGCAGCUGGCUCUGGAGAUGAAAAAGCUUGGGAAGAGGGAGAAGGCUCAUAAACUGCUGGUGCAUGCACUCAGCCUGAAUCCAGAAUUUGUGGAUGCCCUGACCGAGCUGGGGACCAUCCUGGAAGAAGAGAAGGAUGUGGUGCAGGCAGACCAUCUCUACACCAAGGCCUUGGCCAUCUCACCUUGUAAUGAGAAAGCUUUAGUGAGCCGGGACCGGACUUCUCCCCUGGUGGAAGAGAUUGACCAGCGUUACUUUGGCCUCAUUGACAGUAAAGUGCGCCGGCUUAUGUCCAUUCCUAAAGGCAACUCUGCACUCCGCAGGGUGAUGGAGGAGACCUACUACCACCACAUUUACCACACAGUGGCCAUAGAAGGCAGCACGCUCACUCUGUCUGAGAUCCGUUACAUCAUCGAGACGCGUUACGCCGUCGCUGGGAAGAGCCUCCAGGAGCAGAACGAGGCCAUCGGUGUAGACGCAGCCAUGAAGUACAUCAACACCACACUGCUGGCAAGAGCAGGAACCAUGGACGUCAGUGACAUCCUGGAGAUUCACCGGCGGGUGCUGGGCUACGUGGACCCUGUGGAAGGAGGUAGGCUGCGCACCAGUCAGGUGUUUGUGGGCCACCACAUCCCCCCACACCCUCGGGACCUGCAGAGACACAUGCAGGAGCUGGUUCAGUGGCUCAACUCUGAGGACGCCCUGCAGAUGCACCCUGUGGAGUAUGCAGCUCUCGCCCACUACAAACUGGUCUAUGUGCACCCAUUUGUCGAUGGAAAUGGGCGCACAUCCCGGCUGCUCAUGAAUCUUGUGCUCAUGCAGGCGCGAUACCCACCAAUCACUAUCCGCAAAGAACAAAGGGCAGAGUAUUAUGCAGCUCUAGACACAGCUAAUGAGGGCGAUGUACGGCCCUUCAUUCGCUUUAUAGCCAAAUGUACAGAAAUGACAUUGGACACAUUGUUGAUUUCUACAACGGAGCAUGCUGUGGGGCUGCCGGCAGCCAGCGAGGAUCGUGCCUGUCCCGACUGCAAACAGACCAUUCCCAUUCACAACUAGAUAAAAAGGGAAGGGGAAUCUAAAAGCUCUUUAAUUACAAUCCUACUAUGUGUUCAAUUGCCUUGUUUUAUGGCCAUGUUCUACCUUAUCAUCUAUAGUCUAGUUUAGGUUUAAGCUAAAUGCUUUCAUUCAUAGGGUGUUGAAUUGAAUUUCUGUUGAGGUUUGUUUUUUCAUUGAAAAGAAACCUUUUCCCCACUUUUUGUCAGUAACCAUGUUCUCUGAGAGUGUUAACAAAUUCCAGAUCUCAUCAAAAUACAAUCUGCAUGUGACCACUGGUGAUGCGACGAGGAAAGGAAGCUUUGUUAUCAUGACAUUUGACUUGAGAUGCUUAAAUGAAAAUGUGUGGGUGUGAACAUUUGUUAAUGAUCUAUCUCUCGGAUAGGAAAUAUGAAAUGUCAUAACACUGUAAAGCACUUUUGUUUUGAUUAUUUAUUUUAAAAUAAAUGUGGAUUUACUUUUA